AGCACAUUACCCUGAAUGUCGCAAUCGAUUGUCCCAGUUGAUAAUCCAGAUAAGAGCAAGAGGACAUAUAAGAGAGUUCACGCAACAUCUGGCCAUACGUGUUGUUACUGCCGUCGCCGGGAACACGCCAGAAUGAAGCUGCUCCUGUUUGCCUUGUUCGUUGCUGUGUGUCUGGAGAGUAUACAGGCUACUGUUGCUACUUCUCCUGUUCCAACUACUUCUCCUGUUCCAACUCAUCUGCGAGCAUCCAGCAUGCCUUUGGCUCAUCCCUUCAAGAUCAUUUGUUACGCUAACAAAUCAGUCAGCAUACAUAACGACACUUCCUACAAACACGAUCUAUUUGUCGCUGGCAGUGUGUCAGCAUGUCCAUAUCAUAAACAACACUUCGUUAUUGACAACAAUACUGUGACCCUCAACUCUUCAUGUAUGGACAAGAAGGAAGGUGCAUUUCUCAUUGAGGUACAAAACAGAUCUUUGCCCACCCUAGCAACAGGCAAUAAAACUGUCAUGGGAGGGAAGAAUUCCGUUGUCUACAGAGUGACCUGCAUUCCCAACACGGACGGAGAUCCGGUCAGUGUGUCAAUAAUGCCUCCAGUGAGUGUCCAGGCAAAUGCCUCACAACUUGUACUGCCCAGUCUGAAGAUAGGCAUCUUUGCUGCGUCUACCGUGCCUGUAAACGACCCUACAAAGCCUAUAACGUCAUUGAUUUUAGGCAGUGAAGCGCAACUUGUUAUUUACAAUGACCGAGGUAACAACAGAAUGUCUGACAUGCUGAUCCCGUCACAAUGUAUUGCUUUCCCGAACCCGGGGAAGUCGGGCAAACCGCGGCUUACAUUGUUGAAGGAAGACAACAACAACAACAACAAGAACAACAAGAAAUGUGCACACGAAGACAAACUGCUCAGCUCAUUCAACGUAACAAAUACGACAGACUACGACCUGGCCUAUGCCACUCUGUACCCAUUCAAGUUUGAAGGCUUCACUGACCAACCCGUGGUACUGGAGUGCACUGUGUACAUCUGCCCCAAGGAUGAUAAAGUUGAUGGUGUACGAACCGGCUACUGCGACAGAAAGCAAAACAGCUGUAGUCAAGUGAGUCCUACUUCUGACUACACAAAGAAGAGGCGGAGGAGAGAUGUUGGAGUUGGGGAGAGUGGCGUCAGAAGGGCGACCCUGAGAGCCACGUUCAGCGUUCAGGAACCUCUGAUGGCUGGCGCUUCAAGGUGCUCUACAGGGAUCUGGGCACUGGUAGCCUUGAUGUACAUCUUCAAGUGAAGUCCAGCAGCCUAACUAUGAACACACGUGUCAGCAAGACCCAGACAGUUGACAUAUAUCAUUCUCAGUAAUCAGCAUCCGACUGUACAGUGUAGCCAAACACAUGCCGAUGAUUCCCUGCAAGCACGCUUGAUGACUUCCAAUCAAUUUAUAAUAUGCGAGGCUGUGAGCUUUUUUUUAAUAUCACAAUAUUUUGUAUUAGCAUACAUGAAAAUUUCGGGGUUUUUUAGCCUCUGAUGAUAUAGUUAAUAUAUACGUUUUAAUAAUCUUGUGCAAUAGAGGUGUGUACACACACUGAUGGCAAUGGACGAAUGAAUCAUUAUAUUUCUUCAACUUGAUACUCUUUGGGCAUAGCAACUGUUCGACUGGCGUUAGAAGCGAAUUAUAAUGUUUGAGCCUAUGAGCCUAUUUCAUUAUCACAUAUUCUGUGUAGAUUUAGUAAAGAAUUCCUAUUGUCUCUGAAGAUAUAUCUGAUAAAUAUUUGAAAUCUUUUGCAUUGGUUGAUUAGAAUGAUUAUAAUAUUUCUUCAGCUUCAUGUCCUUUGAAAAUUGAGUCAUUGUAUGCUUUAGUGCCUUGUAAACAAAUAAACUUGAUUAUUUUAAACGGAAUAUCUUCAAUAAACGGCAUUUCUAACCGAA